GCCACACUUUGGCGGCAAGGAGUUCCAAAGCAGAAGUGGAAAUUUGCACUGUGAACAAAGACGGAUUUCCUACUGGCCCUACUGGCUGUCACGGCCCGAAUGACCCAAACUAUAUAAUUAAGAUCCCCGUUAGCGAUGUAUUUUACGAUCCGGCAAUUCCCACAAUCGGAUGUACUCCAUUACCUCCUCCUGCAACAUUGAUGCGAGCUGUUUUUAUAAUCGACUUAUACGAAAUUCAACGGAUAGUUUUACUUCGAUCAUCUCCAAUACUCAGAAAAAGGGGCGAACGAGCACAAGAGUUGUUUGAUAAUUAUAAAAGGCAACUAAUAUUGGGACACAGAAAAUCUUUGAGAUUGGCUGAUAUUCAAGACCUUGGGUCGACCUGGUAUUGGCCCCACCGGGCACAGAAAAUCCUUGAGAACGACCAGCCGGGGCCAGAUUAUAAAUCGGCGAGAGAUUGGGAGAAAAAUAAUGAUAAAACAGCCAAAAUAAGUAUUCACUUUAACAAUUUAACAAUUAUGUCUGUCAACGGCAACACUGGGAAAGAGAGUUACAUCACUGGCGGGACGAUAAAUGUCGGUGCUCUGCCUAGGAAAUCGCCUCGAAAAAGAAAAUCGUUGAACGAAAGCCAGGCAGAACUGGAUGAGGAGAAUAUGAACCCGACAAAAAUGUGGCUUCUCGAAUCCUCUGGUCGUAUUGUUGAGAAGGUUAUAUAUGAUUAUGCGCGAACAUUAAAACAUGAAUCUUGCUUACACUCCAUAAUUAAUGAUGCUGAUAUGAAAGCACGAUCAAUAUUCCGAAAAGAAGAUUGGGAAGAAAUACUUUCUUCUAAUUUUAAGACUGUGCCAAAAAUCAAGAGAUCUAUAACCGAUCUCAUGAAAAAACAUUUGGUAACUGAUUUAUCCUCGUUUCAACACAUCAUUUUCAAGUCCUUUCCACCUACUGGCACUCCGUACUCCAAUGAGCAACAUUUUGACCUAAAUUAUAUUAACCUUGCAUAUCAGGAUGAUUGGAAGGAAAUCGGAAGGAAAGCAGAUGGCAAAUUUAGGUUGAAUGACAGCCUUAAGCUGAGUAAGAUGCUUAGAAAUAUGUUUGUACAACUUGCAAAAAAGUGCGAUGAUGAUGAACAAACUAUCGGAAAAUUACAGAUGAUUGGGAUGUUACAUAGUGGAAAUCGAUUUCAACUUCUUACGUUAGAUGUUCCAAAGGAUAUAUUUGUCGAAUUAAGCGUUUUGACUUUCAGGAAGUUGCUAGCCAAAUAA